AUAACUUUAUAAUUAAAUAAUCCUAGUGCAAAAUUUUAUUCUAAAAUCAUUUAUAAAAUGUCGGAAGAAGUAUACUGCCGGUUAUGUGCGAUGAAGAUACAAAAUUAUAUAAAAAUUUAUGGAGAAGAGGGAGAAAAAUUGAAUCUAGCUACCAAGAUCAUUCAGUGUUUACAGAUUUGGCUUUACCCUGAAGAUGUACUUCCAAAAACAAUUUGCACCGAGUGCUGUUCAAAAAUCAAUCUAUUUUUUGAAUUUUCCCAAACCUGCUCACAAUCUCAAAUAUCACUUAUGACAAUGUAUAAAGAGAAAGAAGAGGAGAUAAAUGAUCCGCAAGUGAUAGAAUAUACAGAAAUGAGUUGUGAAAACAAUUUUGAUCAUGACUACGAUGGUAGUACAAUCUGUGUCAAAGAAAAUACCAACGAUUACACAGAUCUGGUUUCACCAGAAAAAGCAACAUCCAAAAGAAAACUUCGUACCCCUAUAAAGCACUCUGAAUCGGAAGAGCAAUAUGAUGAGCAGACUAAACCUUUAAUAUCGGAACAAACCAUAGAGGAGAUCGAUCAAUCUGGGCAAUCAGCUGUUGAGAAGAAGGAGAGGAAAUGUAAGAGGAUCUCGACCUUGGACCAUUUAGGAGAGGAAGAUGAUGGGGCUGAUGAUCCAGAUUAUCUUUCAGAGGCGGAGGACGAGACCAGGACCAGUGGAAAAGGACUGGAUGGAUAUAUUUGGAAGUGUAUUACGUGUUUGGCUGAGCUCAACACAUUGUCAGAGUUGCGCAGACAUCACGCAGAGGUUCACAAUCAAGCUCCUGUGUUUGCCUGUGUAACUUGCCCAAAGAGCUACACCCGCUACCGCAGCUUUGCUAGACACGUCAAGACGCAUAGCGAACCAAAGAAAUUCGCGUAA